AUGCCAUCUUAUCUGAUCACCGGAACAUCCCGAGGCCUUGGUUUCGAGUUCGUUCGUCAAUUGUCUGCUGACUCAAACAACACCGUCAUUGGUUUCGUCCGCAACAAAAAGGCAACUGAAGAGAAGAUUCAGCGUGAAUUAUCUGGACGAUCCAACAUUCAUACCAUCCAAGGCGAGAUCCAAAACCUUGAGUCGGUAAAGAACUUGGUCAAAGAGGUAGCCAAGAUCACAGGCGGUAGCCUUGACUAUAUCAUCGCCAACGCUGCUCUUCAAUCCGAGUGGUCUGCCCAUAACCCCAUCGGCGUUCUGGGCGAGGAGCCUGAGAGACUUGAGGAAGACAUGCUCGAGUCCUUCAAGAUCAACACUCUUGGAAACAUCCACCUGUUCAACCUAGCCCUCCCACUCAUCCGCAAGGGCCAAGCUAAGAAAAUCAUCGCCAUCUCGUCGGGCAUGGCCGAUCCCGAGUUUAUUACAAACUUCUCUAUCAGUGACGGGGCCCCUUACACCAUUAGCAAGGGCGCACUUAAUAUCGCCGUUGCCAAGUUCGAUGCCCAGUAUAGGAAGGAGGGUAUCUUGUUCAUGGCUGUCUCUCCUGGUCUUGUUGCCACCCAGGACACGUCCAACUACACGGAAGAGCAGCUUCAGGGAGUUCGUGACAUGGUUGCUGCUUUCAAAGGCUACGCGCCUGAUUGGGAGGGUGCCAUUUCUCCCGAAGAAUCUGCCACGGCAGUCCUUUCUGUCAUCAACAAGGCCAGUAUUGAGGCGGGCAAUGGAGGUUCUUUCGUCUCGCACUACGGAAACAAGCAGUGGCUUUAA